GUCUUUGACAUUUAAAUUGACAACUUUGUGACGUCUUGUUUUAAAAAACCGUUUUUGAAAAUCGAAAAUAUUUAGCUAUGUUAAAAUUUACAGAUUAUUUUCUUCGUACCUAAUUAUAACUAUGGAAGAAAAUGUCACUGAUAAUGAAGUGUUUGUAAACGCCACAAUUGAUGAAGACUCUCGGUCAGCGGUUAAUUCACUCAUUUUGGAUUACUAUCAAAAGUUUGGCAGGAAACGUGAUUUAGAACAGUUUUUCUCUUUGUCGACUGCUGAUAGCGAUAUUCGUGACCCGUCCAGUUUAUUUUGGAGGAAAAUGAAAAUGCAGUCCGAUUCCUCUGACUCUGGUGAAGGUAAAGCUGGAACGUCUACAGAGUUGUGCAGAAUAUCCAUCAAAUGUUCUCUCCCAGAACACUCAAGUUCUCCGGAUGACACUCCAAAAUCAAAAGAUGAUUCCACAUCACCUCCUAUAAUUAUUGAAGAAGCCACAUCUCCAUUACAGACAGACCACCACUCACCACCUCACUCGGAUAAUGAAUCAGUCAAAUCUGAUGACAAUAACUCUCAGAAAUCAAUUGAUCCACAAUUAGAAACAUCUGUAAACAAGCCAUUUUCACCAACAAGUAGUAUAACAUCACAACGUAAGUUAGAAUGGGAUUCUUUGGGUGAUGUUGGCUAUGGUAAUGAGAGUGACAGAAAGGCAUCCGGAUCCGGACUAAGUACAUUAGAGAGAUUGGCACUACAUCAACAGUAUUCUAAUAAUGAUCCUAUGAAUGAUACAAAGUAUGGUCUACCAACAUCACAAUCAACACCAGUAGAGACCAAUAUUCCACACAAAAGUAAAAAAGGAAAUGUAAAAAAAACUACGAAAAUUUAUAAAAAAGAUGUUGAUUUUGUAGAACUAAAUGUUCCUGAUACAUCUGAAAGCACAAGACCAAUAAAUGUUAAUUUGACGAAGCAUAUUUCUUUUAAUGUUGAUAAAGAUGGUGAUGUUACAGUAAAAUCAUCCAAUGAUAAUGUUAUUUCACCUGAAAAAAUUUCAGUGGUCACAGAAAUGACUCCUCAAAUGAGAAUAGAUAAAGAAAUACAAACAACUUUGCCACAUAAUAACAUUAAAAAAUCAAUAAGUUCUUUUGAGAAGCAACAUAAUGUGCAUGUAUGUGCACCUAGAUUUCCAAUAUUACUCAAUUUAAAUACAUUGAGAAAAAAGAAAAGAAGAAAGAAAUUUAAAAUAUAUAGAAAAAAAAUUAACAGUAGAAGCAAGAAAAGGAGUAAUUCAUCCAAUUUACCUGAGAAAAGUGGGGAUCAAAUAUCUGCAGCUGAAAGCUUUGAAUAUAUGCCUGGACAUAUAUAUAAUCAAAAUCAAGUAAAUAACAACAGUGUAAAAGAUUCAAAUAGUGUCGGUAAUAAAUCAAGUCUUGAAUCAAGUGUCGGUUUUACAACUGAUUCCAGUAAGACAUCGAAAAAUUCAUUCACAAGAGACUUAGAAAAAAGUAUAAAUUUACUCAAAGAGGCUUUACAAUCAAAGUACAAUAAUUCAAAUUUAAAAGAAAAACUUAUUAAAGAAGUAGUUCAAAGAUUAAUAAAAUCGCAAUAUAGUGAUGAUGAUAGCGGUACAGUUUUCCUGUCAGGUUUGAGUUUCAAUAGUAAAAAAUUGGGUCUUCAAAAAAGAAGUAACCAUACCACCACAAGCACAUCUGAUGGUAAUGAAAUUGAUAAUAGUAAACAGUUAAAGAAGCCAAAAAAGUCUAUUUUGCGUGUCGACAAAUUUAAUCCUAGUGGAAUGGCAUCUACAUCUCAAAGUACUCCUAAUUUAUGUACUUUGGUGCAAACUGAAAAAACUAUUAAUGUUAUUAAAACACCCACAUUUUCCAACACAGACUCAGAACUUUCUAGUAGAGAAAGAAAUUCAACUGAUACUAUGCCAAAGAUGUCUUCUGAGGAUCUAUAUAACAAGUAUUUAGAUGCAUUAAAAAGAGAGCAGGUACAUAAAAAACUUCUAAAGAACAAGGAAACACUUUUGAAGAAAAAGUUGGUUUGUUCUGAUACAUGUAUUAAGGCAAUGUCAGAGCCUCAUGAAAAGUCUUAUGAUAGAUUAUAUAAAUUAGUUAAAGAACUAGCUCAAAAUGAUGUUGGUGAUGGUUCAGGAGAUGCAACUAAAAUUGAAAUCGGUUCCAAUUCUAUGGAUCCGAAAAAUAAUAUUAAAUCACAAAGAAAUCACUCAGUUUUUACUCUAUCAUCAGGUAAAACUGUUCGACAAUCGAAGCAUGUUAAAAAACAUCAAAGAGAUGUUAGAGAUACGUCAGAGGCUGGUUGCAGUAGAAUUAAUAAUAAUAGUUGCUGUAACUCACAACAUUUUCACAAUACUAACUGUUCAUGUAAAAAGUACGAAAGGGAGAAAAUAUCAGCUAGAGAUGCCUACUAUGGAAGCAAUAAAGAAGACAAAAAUAACUUAACUUCAACUAAACAAUAUGUAGAAACGGGCAAUACUUCACCCAGAUCACCUGAUACUGUAGUUUCACAAAAUAAGGCAGAUGUGCAAUUUGUUUGUUUGUGUGCAAAAGAGGCUAUAGAGACACAGGAUGUACCUGAAAAAUUGCUUAUUUAUAAAUACUCAAGAUUAGAUGGUCCACGGAAAUUGGGUUUAGAUGUAAUGUCUAAGGCAUCAAGUUCUGUAGGCAUACAAUGCUCAACCGAUUGUGUUUGUCCCAAGAAACUUAAGAAUACAACCACAACCACAAAUUCUUUAGAUCAAAGUACUAACAAUACAGGAUUACAUAUGAUACAGAGCUCUACUACUGUUAUUAACUCUGCAAGAAAGGCAUCUAAUUCAUCUCAAACGUAUAGUAACAUUGAUGUACUCUUGCGAUCUCAGUUUAGUGACACUAUCAACACUUGCACUGAAAGACGUGCCUCUGAAUAUAUGAAAUACAAAAAUUUUCCUCCUUACAAACAAGGAGGAAGUAAAGCUACUGCAAAAUUACCUAUCACACGAGCAACACAAACACAAAUUAGCAUUGAUCCAAAGAUUUCAGACCCUACAUUAUCUGAUGUUCAUUUUAUGAGUGAUUUUGAAUGUGUUAAAGUAGAUAAAAACGAAAUUGGCGGUAGUCAAACAAAAAGUAUAACAAAACAAACGUUUUGUUAUAACACUAAGCAACAUAUUGAAAAUGAUCAGGAAACCUUUCCGAGCAUUUAUGAAAGUCAAACCGAUACAAUCGAUGAUCGAAAUGAGAUGGGUACUGUGAAAAGUUCUGAUGACAUUACCUAUACAGAUACAAAAAGAAACCAUGACCUGUGUGAUAAACCUAAUUUGCGAGACAAUAAAUAUAAUGAAGAUAAAUUUUCUAUUCCUAUUAAAGGAACAAAUAUGACUUUAGUAGUUAGUCUAGGAGGAAAUACGCCGAAUAUCGAUAAUUCUAGAACAAAUGUAGACACAAAAGAAAAUUCUCAAAACAAUAAUAAAGACAAAGAGUCAACCGGGAAAAAUUCAAUGGCGGAAGAUUAUUCAAGAGGUGUACAGUGCACCAGUACUGAUAUUUUUACACAAAUGAAUAAUGAAACACAUCGAAUUAAAGAAAGAGACGCACAUUUACGCAAUCAACCCAAUCCUGGUACAUGUUACAGCAAUGACCAUACAAAAUAUACCUAUGAUAAAAUAUUUCCAGUAAAGAAAUGUGACAAUGAAAGCAGCACAAAGUUUAGUACAUAUCCUACAAAAUCACUGAAUGCAAAAAAACCUUUUGUUAGAGCAAAUACAGAUACCCAUUCCAUACAAAGCUUUGUCACAAAUAUUCAAAUGAAUAAAAAAGUUGAUGUCGAAACACAGAAAGAUCUUAGUUGUGACUUGCAGCAAAAAGCGGCUACUGAAUUUGCAAUACCCAAAGGAUCAAAUGACAAUGAUUCAUAUAAAAGAUGUAAAUCAAAUUUAGUAACUGAUCAAAAUUUCACAAAAAAGUCAAGUAAUGAAAGCAAAUCUGACGUAGAACAUGGAGCAACCAAGGAUCCUAUAUUAAAUAUGAUCCAAGACAUAACAAAGCGUUAUACAAAAAAAGAUAUGGAAAAAGGCAAAAGGAAAAAGUGUUUUAAGGAAAUAAUAACAGUUUUAAAUUAUUUGCUAGAUACUGACGAAAGUAGCUCAGCUGACCCAAAAAAGAGUUGUUUAUCAAGUUCCAAUACUGACGGCGCUUCAACUGUUGACCAAAUGCAGCGGCGAAAUGACUCAGAAUUUACAAUUAAAAAAUCUUAUGUCGACAAGGGAGUACAAAUGUCGAUAAAGAAAAAUAAGAAAGAAAAAUUUUGUACAGAAUCAUCAGACUUUGCCACAUCCAGUGAGAUGCCUACCACUUCAACAGAUUCCGCGGCUUGUAAAGUAUUAAAUAAAAUCAAAAAGGAAUGCGAGAGAUAUCAUCACAAACGGUGCAGUACACACAGCACACAAAAGAAACGUGAUGAGUACAGCAGUACUACGGUUAAUUGUGAAAAUUGUAACCGAGGGCAUUACUGUUCAUGCCGAUCUAAAUGUAAAUCCCAUAAACCUAGAUCGAGCGUUGAUAAAGUAAAAAAGAAAGCUGUCGCUUACAAUUUAAUAAUACAAACCUCUGACAGUGUUGCCAGUGAAGAAACUAUGCGUGAUGAGGGUUGCCGACCGAUAAAAAAUGUUAUUGUUAAAGUACCUUCAAAAUUUAAAGGUUCUAAUGCACCUUUCCAAGAAGUAGCUUCAAAGAUUGAAAAGAAUUUGCCACAAUGCAGUCGAUUUGAAAACAAAAUACAUCGAUCUAAAAGUUUGCCAAUCGAUAGUGAGAUGUCUAGUGAAGAUUUUAGCAAAAAAAUGCGAACUUGCACAGUCAGAGAUUAUUUGGAAAUGAAUCGACCGGAUUUCAUCGACAAAACUACAAGGCGACAAGAUUGCUUGAAGAUAAUUAAUCAAACAAGGUCCAAUGAACGUUCUGCCAGCCGCAAACUGCUGUCACAGCAACUGGAACGGCAACAAACAUUAAACGCUCUCAGCGGUGACGAUUUACAACAUUUUGCAAGGCAAUUGAGCAGCCAACUUCGACGCAAGAAUGUUGCCCCAAAAUUUAUAAAUGAACGUGAAAUGAAAAAACAUUCCGAAAAAAUUUACAAGUCUUUGCCGGAAGUUGUACAGAAGAAAGAAGAAUUAAAGAAAGAUAACAAUAAAAAGACAAAUUUAUUGAUGGCGAAUAUUUUUAAAAAGAACCUUCAAAAAAAGGUGCUUAGAGGAUCUAUAAAUCUCUCAAAUUAUAGCACAGUUGUUAAAAUAUGACAAAGUAGUAAAACUAUAAUUAUAAUAAAACGAUAU